AUGGAAACAUCGAUUAAUAAAGAUAAAAGGAGGAGUCAAUCUAAAAAUGACGAUAAAGGAAGAAAAAAAAAUAGUGGUUCUUGUUUAAGAUAUCAAUUUGAUGAAGAUGUAAUUCUAUUAAAUACAUUUGUUUAUUUAUAUUUGAUGACGAAUUUUGGAAAAAUUGAGCUGUUGUUAAAUUCGUACAAAAUAAAAGAUUCACAUUUGGGCGACUUAAAAAAUAAAAUUUAUGCCCUCUUUAAAAAUGUAAACAUGCUAAUAAUUCCAAAACAGAGUUAUGAAAAUAAAAAUGGUUCAAUGAAAAGGAAUACUAAAACGCAUAAUGAAUGUAGCAGAAGGAACGACAUACAGUUUACGGAUGAAAUGUAUGAUGCUCAGAGGAGAAUACUAAACAUAAAUUUAAACGAAAUAUCUUCAAAUGGAAACAAGAGUAAUAAAAGUAAUAGGAGUGGUAAAAAUCAUGGAAGUAGCAGAUGCGAUAGAAAUAGUUUAGUCUAUUCUCAUACAAAUCGAAAUGACCAGGAUUUAUUUUUUACCGCGUAUGAAAAUAAUAACGAAGUGAAGAAGUCUUUAUAUGAGAAUGUGCAAGCUAUAUACCUUGAUGCAUUUUUACUAGUAAAUACAAACGAUGAAAGUGUAGAUUAUAGUUAUAAUUUAAUAAAUGUAAAAAUAAAAAUAUGCAUGCAGAACAAAGGAUCUGUUAAGAUAAAUUCUUCUGAAUGUACACUCAUUGAUAAGGGAUGGAAUUACGAUAUAAGUACAAUUGUUACAAAUAAUAAGGAAAAGCAAGAGGAAAAAAGAGCGAAAAGGGGCAGCAAACUAAAAAUUGUAUUUAAAGUUAACGAUGGUGGUACUGUCAUUGAUAAAGAUAACAGUUAUAACGAUGCUACUGAUACUAGCGAUACUAGCGAUAUUAGCGAUAUUAGCGAUAUUAGCAAUACUAGCAAUACUAGCAAUACUAGCGAUGUUGACGAUAUUGUCGACAGUAGUGAGAGCACUAAUGACAGUGCUAAUGAAAGAAGUAGUCGUAGUGUUAUUGGUAGCGAUAACAAUCGUAAAGAUGGAAUCCAUCAUGUUAGUAAAGGAUGUAACAUAAUAACGGAAGAACAAAAGAAGGCAUUCCUAGAGCAUUUUAUUGACAUUAUACAGAUGCACUCAUUUAAUAAAAACAAAAAACUUGAAGAAACGAUGAAACAUAUUUAUAGUAAACUAUUCAACACACAGGUAUUAGACUCGUCUGAUUAUCAUAUACCUAAUACAAUUAAACAGAUAAAUGAUUUUUUUUUUUAUUUAUAUGAACCUGAUUUUUAUAAUAUGUCUAUUCAGAAGAGGAACAAAAUAUGUUAUAAACAGUUAUAUGAUCAGUAUAAUAAAAUUAUGAUAAAAUCAAAAACGGUUAAAUUAAACAAUGAAAUAAUAAAAUAUUUACUAAGUGAUUAUAUAUUCUUACCAAAGUAUGUACAAAGAAAUAAGUUUAAAAAUGUAGACGAAAACAUGUACUCUUCCUUUUCCUCUUAUUCUGAUUCAUUAUCAUCGGAUGGAAUUAUUAGAAAAGUGAAGGAGACUGCAGUUGAAAUGGAUUUGAACGAAUAUAAUAUGAAUAGUAACCACAAGCAACCAAGUAAACAGCAUGGAGAGGGGAAUGGAACUAUAUGCAGCAAUCAACCAAAUAUUAAGUGCGAAGGAAAAGUUAAUAGAGAUACCUCUGAGCAUAAACCGGACGAAGAUCCAUCCGACAACUGCCACAUACGCAGCACAGAAAGGGAGAAGGAAGAGGAAAAGGAGGAAAAAGGAGAUGGAAAGGGAGAGGUAAAAUAUGGUGGAAAGGACGAAGUAAAAGAUGAUGGGAAGGACGAAGUAAAAGAUGAUGGGAAGGACGAAGUAAAAGAUGAUGGGAAGGACGAAGUAAAAGAUGAUGGGAAGGACGAAGUAAAAGAUGAUGGGAAGAGAAAUAUAAAAGACGAUGGAAACGAUUUACACGAUAGCGAAAACGAAAAGCGAAAUGACAAACUCGAAAGAAAAAAAAUGAACAGUUUAUUUUGCAAUACACAGUUUCGAAGAAUUUUAGAAAAAAUAAAGAAUAAAAUAGAAGAACUAAAUAAUAGUGUUUUUUUGAGAGUAAAUUAUAAGAAUUUAAAAAAAGGCUCAUUUGUAAAUAAUUUUAAUUUAGAAGUUAAUACAUUAUAUGAUGCAUUACUAAUGCUAAAAAGUUGUACAAGUGUGUACAAAAUAUUAAAAGAAAAUAAAAACAAGGAUAUAUAUCUAAUUUUAUCGAAAUAUGUAAAUAUUAACAUUUGUUUCUUGUUUGAAGUAUAUGUUUAUAAUAAACGAAUAAUAGCUGUUACGCAGAAAAAUUUAAAUUAUUAUUUUAAUUUUCUUAAUGAAGCGGAUGUUAUAAUAGACACCUUGAAUAUUAUAAAAUCAUUUUAUGAUAAAAAUUUGAAGAACUCAUUCGCUUAUGAUCAUUAUAUAUUUCAGCUUUAUAUACAUACUUUUAAAAAAAAUAAUAAAAAAAAAAAAGUUAUUUUAAUAAAUGCAAAAAAUUGGCUAUAUAAAAACAAACAUACUACGUUUACAAACAAAUUUUUGAAAAAUUAUAUUUACACAGGGAAUAAGGGCACACAAAUAAAUGAUCAAGCUUAUGCGGAAAAAGGAAUCUACAAAUUUUGUAUUCCCUCUUCCAAUUUAAGUUCAAAAAAAGGAAAAGGAAAAGAGGAACUGAAAAAUGCGGACAUUCACGAGACUAGUGGCAAUAGUAGCAGCAAAUACGUGCAUGACAAUAGUUUUUAUUUUUAUGAUAACAUGUUAUAUUACUGUAUUGUGAAAAAUGACUCGAUUUGCAAAAAAAACGCAAACAUAUAUCCUAAGGACUUAAACUAUAUUAGAGAUGGAGAAAUAGACAUCGACAAUUUGAUGGAAACAAUAAAAAAAGAAAACAACAUUCAGUAA